AUGGCUACUGCUGGAGCUGCUGCUAACUUACUGCCCUCAACUCUCUGUGAGGUCCACAACAAACCUCUGGAGUUCUUUUGCCAAAAUGAGUUGGCUUUGAUCUGCACCCAGUGCGCCAAAAGCAAGAGGCAUCAAACUCACACCGUUCUCCCCAUAGAAGAAGCAGCCCAAAAAAAGAAGAAAAGGCCAGGAGAAGAACGUCUCAAGUUGGUGCGUGAAUUUGAAGAGUUCCACCAGGCUGCAAAGGAUCAAAUGCAGUUCCUACUUUCCCAUCUGGAAGAACUGAAAAUCAACAUCUUAGACUACCAGAAAAAAAAUUACACCAGGCACACCUCCAACACAAUCCAACUGAACACCUUGAUUGGAGACCUAGAGAGGAAGUGUGAUCAGCCAGAGGCUGAAUUCUUGAAGCAAAUGACUCAGAUCAACAGUUUGGUCAGUGACUUAGAGGAGCUGCGCAGGGAGCUUCCUCAAGAAUGUCUGAAGGAAUUUAAAAUUAUUGCAAACCGCCUGGGUGAAGAAAAGUAUGUGGAAAACAAUCUUGGUGACCUGGAACAGAGACUGGGAAACAUCACUGAACAAAAUAUAGUUUUGAAGGAGACACUGAAGGCAUUGAAAGUUAAGAUGCGAACUGAAUUAAUGAAAAUCAUGGACAAUUGCCUGAAAUCUUAUGAGAAAGCAAAUGUGUUAUUCGAUCGGGACACCCUGAAUAACAUGCUGGAUCUGUCUGAUGACCAGAUAACUGUCAAGUGGAACGCAGACGUGAAGAAAAAAAUCCCUCACCACUGGAUGAGAUUUGAAAAAGAUUCCUGCGUGCUCGGAAGCGAAGGGUUCACUGCAGGGAGAGUCUACUGGGAAAUAAACGUGGAAGGAGGGAAGAUCUGGGCUGUGGGGGUAGCCAAAGAAUCGGUGGAGAGGAAGCACCUGGUACAUUUUGCUCCUGAAAACGGCAUUUGGGGACUAGGUUUAGAUGAGCAAAACAAAUAUGUGGCGUAUACCAAUUCUGGAGUUGUUCCUUUGGAUCUGUCUGAGCCUCUCCAAAAGAUCCGGGUAAAUCUAGAUUACACUGCAGGGCAGGUGUCCUUUUUCAAUGCUGGGACCAACCGUUGGAUCUUUACCUUCCCCCCAGCAAACUUUUCUGGAGAAAAUAUCUACCCUUGGUUCUGGAUUAAGGGAGGGAUGCUCAAGCUGCCAGCCAUAAACCUUGAAGACCUGGCUGCUGACCUGGUGUGGGGAAGGAUCGACCUUGGGACGCAAGGAGAAGAGACACAGCUCAGGGAAACAUCAGAUAAAAAGCAACUCGGCCUGCAGCAGAAUGUGUGCAGGGAAAGCAGCUCCUAA